AUGGCUCUUACUAGAGCCAUCUGGGAGGCCCUCUCCGCCAUUGAGAACCCAGACCUACAUGACCCAAUCCUUGGAUGUGGUGAUCAACGGGCCCUUCUCUCUGAAGAUCCCGAUAGGGCCCUUGCUCUUGCUGACGAGAGAAUGCACAUAUUCCCAUUUCACAAUGUUGACAAAUGCUGGCUCAGGCUACACACCGAUGCGUCUAUUUUGAAAGCAUGCCUCAUCAUCAUUCCUAACUGUCAUCUACUUCCAGAAAGGACCGACGAGAACCCGGUGCUGGACCCCUAUGCUGUACACACAAAAAUCAACAUAGGGCAACUCACCAGUCAUGUCAAAGAAACGAUAGAAUGCAAGCUGACACGUCCCUCGGUACUAGGGUGUGAAAAUAAGUGGUGUGAGGCAGUCAUCCGCAUCCUUGAUACAACGUUGAUCAUGACGGGUGGAUUAUUCCGUGAGGAUCUCAUAAGGAACAUCCUCUCUGAGCUAUACCAUCUCGAAACCUUGUGUUCUGGCGUGAAAUGGGAGUCGCAGUCUCAACCAAAGGAUCUUGAAGCCAUGUUCCCUCCUACCUCGCUUCCUAAACCUAGCCUGAAAUAUCCUGUUCGGCGACUGCAUGAACCUGAUUUUGAAACCUCGCAGCUCCAUAUUACCAACAAUCGUACCCCCGUUGUCAUAACCGGGCUUGUUAAUGGCUGGCCUGCUAUUGUGAGUCGGCCAUGGACUUCGCGUAAAUAUUGGGAGCAUCGUACAUUCAACGGCGAACGAUACGUCCCUGUGGAAGUGGGUCGCUCAUACACAGAUGAAGAAUGGGGCCAAAAGAUAAUGAAAUUUCGAGAAUUUGCUGGAAAAUAUCUCUGGAAUUCCGAAAAACCAAACGUGCCAUUCAUGGACAACGAAGUCCCCGAGGAAGUUUCAGGGGAGACGGGCUAUCUGGCCCAGUAUGAUCUUUUUCGACAGAUUCCUGAUCUCAGAAAUGACAUCGCCAUCCCAGACUGGUGCCACAUUGACCCACCAGCCCCAGAACCCGAGACUCCAGUGUAUGUGGCCAAGCAACGAAAGAAAAAUGAAGAAGACACCAAGAAAGCCGAAGCAGAGGCAGAGCGGCACCUAUCAAAUCUAGAAACUUCUGCGCAACGGGAGCCAUCACCGCUGGAUAAUGCAGUGAUGCCCAAUGAGGUGACGGCUGAUGACUCUGAAAUUAGCUCGGAGUUCGACCUAGCUCCUGAUCCAAUCAUUAACCUCUGGAUCGGUCCCGCGUACACCAUUUCCCCGCUUCACCAUGAUCCGUACCACAACAUCCUUGUCCAAGUCGUCGGCAUUAAAUACGUCCGGCUCUACUCUCCGCACACCCCCGCCUCGCGGAUCCAUCCCCGUGGCUCAGAAUGGGUUGAGUCGAUCGAGAAGGGUGCGCCCCCAGGGUCAACGCCCACUCGAAAACUUAUCGAUAUGUCCAACACAUCCGAGGUCGAUAUCGCGGCUAUUGAACUUUCCCCAGCUGAGGCCGAACAAUGGGAGGAACUUUGGCCAGGCUUCCAGGACGCUGAGUAUAUUGAGACUAUACUGCAUCCGGGUGAUUCUUUAUACAUUCCGGUUGGAUGGUGGCACUAUGUUCGUUCGCUUCAAGCCGGUAUUAGUGCCAGCUUCUGGUGGGAAUAA